CACUAUGGCGGCGCCCAUGCAGCCCACCGCGUCGUGGGCGCCCGCCGGGGUUCCCCGCGGCUGUCGCCGCCGCCUGCGCAGCCGCUUCCGCCUUCCCGCCCCGCGCCGGGCCGGGCGCCGCCUCUCCCUGCCUCCCUCUCUGCUGCGGUCAUGUAAGAAGUUGUAAAUCAUGUGAAGAUGGGACUCUUGGUAUUUGUGCGCAAUCUGCUGCUAGCCCUCUGCCUCUUUCUGGUACUGGGAUUUUUGUAUUAUUCUGCGUGGAAGCUACACUUACUCCAAUGGGAGGAAACCAAUUCAGCGGUUCUCUCCUUUGACUCCGCUGGACAAACACUAGGCUCAGAGUAUGAUCGGUUGGGCUUCCUCCUAAAGCUGGACUCUAAACUGCCUGCUGAGUUAGCCACCAAGUAUGCCAACUUUUCAGAGGGAGCUUGCAAGCCCGGUUAUGCUUCAGCCUUGAUGACCGCCAUCUUCCCCCGGUUUUCCAAGCCAGCACCCAUGUUCCUGGAUGACUCCUUUCGCAAGUGGGCUAGGAUCCGGGAAUUUGUGCCGCCUUUUGGGAUCAAAGGUCAAGACAAUCUGAUCAAAGCCAUCUUGUCAGUCACCAAAGAGUACCGCCUGACCCCUGCCUUGGACAGCCUCCGCUGCCGCCGCUGCAUCAUCGUGGGCAAUGGAGGUGUCCUUGCCAACAAGUCUCUGGGGUCACGAAUUGACGACUAUGACAUUGUGGUCAGACUGAACUCAGCACCAGUGAAAGGCUUUGAGAAGGACGUGGGCAGCAAAACCACACUGCGCAUCACCUACCCUGAGGGCGCCAUGCAACGGCCCGAACAGUAUGAGCGUGAUUCUCUUUUUGUCCUCGCUGGCUUCAAGUGGCAGGACUUCAAGUGGUUAAAGUACAUCGUCUACAAGGAGAGAGUGAGUGCAUCAGACGGCUUCUGGAAAUCUGUGGCCACUCGAGUGCCCAAGGAACCCCCUGAGAUUCGCAUUCUCAACCCGUAUUUCAUCCAGGAGGCUGCCUUCACCCUCAUCGGACUGCCCUUCAACAAUGGCCUCAUGGGCCGGGGGAACAUCCCAACCCUUGGCAGUGUGGCAGUGACCAUGGCACUACAUGGCUGUGACGAGGUGGCAGUCGCAGGCUUUGGCUACGACAUGAGUACACCCAAUGCACCCCUGCACUACUAUGAGACCGUGCGCAUGUCAGCCAUCAAAGAGUCCUGGACGCACAAUAUCCAGCGAGAGAAAGAGUUUCUGCGGAAGCUGGUGAAAGCACGUGUCAUCACUGACCUAAGCAGUGGCAUCUGAGUGGGCCCAGCACGUGGCCACAGAGGCCUAGGCACUACCAGGAGCAAGGAGCAUCCACCGCCACCUGCGCAGGAGUCUUCAGACCCAGAGAAGGACAGUGCCAAGGGGCUCCAGGGGUGGCGAGGCCUUGGCAGGGCAGCCGGAGCUGUGCCUGCUCAGAGGCCAGCCUCAGAGACCAGCAUUCAGCCUCAUUUUCGGCCUGGGCCCUUGAAGCCCGAGGGCCAGGAGGCUACACUGGCUGUGCCCAGCAGGCCUAGCAUGCAGGAGGUGGGACAUUAGGCAGCAAGGCUGCUACCGGAAUAGUUUCUCCAAUCAGUGUUUGGCGUAUUAUCAUUUUGUGAAUUUGGGUAGGGGGGAGGGUAGGGAUAAUUUAUUUUUAAAUAAGGUUGGAGAUGUCAAGUUUGGUCCACUUGCCAUGCAGAAAGAGGCCCACUGGAGGGCCCAUCAGGCAGUGGUACCAGUAAGCUCCCUGUAGGGUGGGAGUGCCACAGCUAGCCUGUACCCUGCUUUGGGCUACAGGGAGGGCAGGAUCUCAUGCCAGCCCCCUUUAGCUCAUGCCACUGUUUAGCCUUUCUUGGGGAGAAGAUGGGUGUUCCCACUCACCAGCCUCUAGCUGUUCCACAGGGAAACUCUGGAGCCAUUCCUUUGCAGCCAACAAGACAGCCCCUGGGCUGCAGCAGAGAGAACUUUAGAGUCCAAGAGGCAAGGCCUGGUCCAGCCCAAUGGGAAUGGCUCCCCUCCCCAGCUGCAGCUGAUCCACAGGACAGUGCCCUAGGCCUUGACUGACCAACUUGUCAGACGUUCUAGGUUUCAGCAAGGAGACUGCCAGGUCCUUGGGUUAUGCCUUUAACCUGGACCAGCGGGCAGUGAGUUACCCAGGCUAUGGCAGCCAUCCUGGGCAGCCCUCAUGGAAGCAAUAAAGCUCUUCCCUGAAA